CGCAGCACUCCAGUACUGAGCACCGGCAGAUAGCCCCCCCUCCUACGCUGCCAUGGCACGACGCUCCCGUCCUCUCCCUCCCGAAGUCAUGACAGCGGAGCCGAGCAGAGCAUCUCCAUCCGCCGCCAUUACUCCUCGGCCCGUGCCACUUCUCCGGCAAUAAAUGCAGCCGCUGGCGCCGUCCAGCCACCACCACCAGAUCUAGCGCCCCCUCGCCGCGACGGGACGAGAAGGAAACGAAGAAAAAUCACCACGCCACCAUCCACAUUUACUCCCACCCCACCAGGACUCGACUCUAGCUAGUCGCUCGAUCGACCCACCCCAUCCCCACCCCACACGCGCACGCCACCGAUGCCAUUCCUCCACUUCCCCGCUGCAAAAUCAUCUCGGCCGCCGCCGCCGCCGUUACCGCUACCGUCGCCAUGACGACACCGUCCCUCCUCUCCUCGCUCGCCACGCUCGGCCUCGGCUACUCCAUCGCCAUCGCGCUUGGCUUCCUCGUCCUCCUCGCUUCCGUCCUGCUCGCCUCCUACUUCUGCUUCCGACACGGCGAGGGCGCGGGCGGCCACUUCGCCGGCGCCAUCACGCCCACGUCCAGCUCCAGCCACCUCUCCAUCACCGUGCCGCGCGUGCUGUUCGUCGCCGAGGGGUCCGAGUCCCCCGAGGCCUACUCCUCGGCAGCCGCGGCCGCCUCGUCGCCAGUCGGGCUCGACCCGGCUGCCAUCGCGUCGUAUCCCAAGGCCCCCUUCUCCGGGGCCGCGGGCGGCGACGCCAUGUGUUCGAUCUGCCUCUCCGAGUACAUGGACGGCGAGAUGCUACGGCUGAUGCCCGAGUGCAGGCACAGGUUCCACGUCAUGUGCCUCGACGCCUGGCUGCGCAGGAGCGCGUCGUGCCCCGUUUGCAGGUCGUCCCCAAUCCCCACGCCCGUCACCACGCCGCUCGCGACGCCACUCUCGGAGCUCGUCCCGCUCUCGCAAUACGCCGCUGACCGGCGGCGCAGCAGGUGACGGAUACUCUACAUGGGUGCACCUCGCUGACGCUGCUCUUCAUUGUUACUCCUCUUUUUUUCUUUUUGCGUUGAAGGGUUCUGUAAAUUUGUCGAUUGUUUGAUUGGUAAGGACACAUGAGGAGUUUUAGGUGCUAGUACGACUGGUGGUGUGCUUAGGAUUUGUAAAGAGUUGCUUGGUUCCCAUUACUAUUACUUCGAGAAAAUUUUGUAAUGUAGAAGUAGAUGAUGGGUUUCUUGAAAAAAAUUUAGAUGUUGGAGCAAGGCAUAGUUGUGAAUACAGUGUUGCUGGUUUGCCUUA